CUUAUGUGGUGCCUGGAGAGGCUCCGCUUUGGUCCUGAGCGCAGGCACGGGAUUCUUCAAGGUCGGGCGCACCAAGUCCCGGCCCUCACUCCCGCCGCGUGUGCAAACGUGCUCACCCCGGACCGCAUCCCCGAGUUCUGCAUCCCCCCACGACUCGCGUCCUGCACGGCCCUGGCUGCACUUCGGGUUUCCUGGAGCGAAGCAGCAGAAAUAGACUACAGCGCGGCGCACACAGACUGGGACCCGCGCUCGCAGGCAGCCCUAUCGCUGCCGCACCUGCCCCGCGCGCUCACCGCCUACGGCUUCUGCGCGCUGCUCGAGAGCCCGCACACCCGCCGCAAGGAGUCGCUCUUCCUCGGGGGCCCUGCAGCCGCCCCGCUCGUGCCCCAGGACUCGGCUCCUGCCUCCGCCCCCGCGCUCCCCGCGGGCCUCCGCCCCACCCGGGACGCGCCCGCCCCGCCGGCCCGCGCCCGCCGCCUCCUGCGCGCCCCCGAACGGCUGCUGAGCCGCGCGCUGCGGGCCCGGACGAGCCGAGGCCUGGUCCGCGCCCCCUCCGUGUCCAGCGGGGACGGUGACGAGGACGAGGAGCGCGGCGCCGUCUCGGGCCCCCCUUCCCAGGCCCCCUCCGCGUCCCCGCCGCCGCCGCCCUGCCCCGGCCCGCGUCCCGAGCGCCUGGAGGCCGAGGGCACCGUGGCCCUGGGCCGCGCCGGGGGCGCCCUGCGCCUUGCCGCCGAGUACAGUCGGGCCAGCGGGCGGCUCCGCGUCCGGCUGCUGGGCACCGAGGGCCUGGCCGCGGGAGCCGCCGAGCCCCCCGCCGUCGGCUGCCGCGUCAGCUUCGUCCUGCGGCCGCCGGGCCAGCCGCGCUCGCAGCGCAGCGCCGUGGUCCGGCGGAGCCGCAAGGCCGCCUUCCACCAGGACGUGUGCUUGGACGGGCUCUCGGAGGAGCAGGUGCGCAGCCUGGCCGUGCGCGUCAAGGCCGAGCAGCGGGGUCGCGGCCUGGAGCGGGGCCGCCCGCUGGGCCAGGGCGAGCUGCUGCUGGGCUCCCUGCUGCUGCCCUGAGGGCUCCCGGGGCUCAGACCGCCCCCUCGGGGCGCCCUCGGACCGCUGGCAACUCGGACACCGACAGUCGCUUCGGACAAAAUGAAAGUGUAUUUAUUCUUCUACUCACGCCUUUGGUCAGUCCAAUAGUGGCACAUAUGUUGCUGGA